AUGGCGUCGCGAUCCUUCCAACCUCUGCGCAGGACUUUGAGCCAGCUCCAGAGUCGCUCUACUCGGCCAAUCGCUCAAAAUGCUAGCAGAUCAUCCCGUGGCUUUGCUACUGGUCAACCUCCCAAGCAGAAAGGGGAGUUCACUGUCUGGCGACCCUACCUGCGGCUUGCAGUUGGUGUGCCUUUCAUUGGCGCAAUCAUAUACUCCAUGGCUACAGGCGAAGUCACCGAACUCGACUCCCCAUCCAUUGCCGAACUGGACGCAGCCUUGAAGCAAUCGUCCGCCAUCACCGAGUCUUCCCCCAUGCGCCUUCGAAUGGAGAAACUCAUCAAGGAGCAACAGCAAAAGAUCAUCGAGGAAUUGAGCAGGAUAGACGGAAAGGAGUUCAAGCAGGAUACCUGGACGCGCCCCAACGGUGGUGGUGGCAUUUCCUGCGUCUUGCAGGACGGCAAUGUCUUCGAAAAGGCCGGCGUGAACGUCUCCGUUGUAUACGGCGAGCUGCCCCGACCCGCCAUUGAGAAGAUGCGCGCCGAUCACAAGUCCUUCGUGGGCUCCGACGUUGAUUCCCUCAGCUUCUUCGCUGCGGGCCUUUCACUCGUCCUGCACCCUCACAACCCCAUGGCUCCUACUGUUCACCUGAACUACCGCUACUUCGAGACUUCAGACCCCAAGGACCCAAUCAACGGUGAUAAGAACUGGUGGUUUGGUGGUGGUACCGAUCUUACACCCACAUACCUCUUCCCAGAGGAUGCUCAGCACUUCCACAAGACUAUCAAGGAUACCUGUGAUCGUCACGACGCGACCUACUACCCGAAGUUCAAGGCUUGGUGCGAUAAAUACUUCUACCUCCCCCACCGCGGCGAAUGUCGCGGAGUAGGCGGUAUCUUCUUCGAUGACCUUGAUGCAAACUUCCUGCAAUCCUCUACUAGCUCUUCAUCAAACCCACAGGAGACUCUGUUCUCUUUCGUCUCAGAUGGUCUUGCUUCCUUCCUACCCUCCUACGUCCCCAUUAUCGAACGACGAAAGGAUAUGUCCUACACACCUUCCCAGAAGGAAUGGCAACAACUGCGUCGUGGUCGCUAUGUUGAGUUUAACCUCGUCUAUGACCGUGGUACUAGCUUCGGUUUGCGAACACCGAACGCUCGUGUUGAGAGUAUUCUUAUGAGUCUCCCUCGUACCGCUAGCUGGGCUUAUAUGGAUCCAGUUUCCGGUACAAGGACGGAGAGUAUGCCAGUGGACGAGGAUGAACUGGCGGAGGAUAAGACCAGUGAGAAGGAAAUCAUGGAUGUGUUGAAGCAUCCCAGACAAUGGGCUUAA